AUGGAUAGUGACGAGUUUGACGACGACAUUGCCGAUGAGGACUUCCUGACAGCCCUUGACCAAGUCUCAUCUUCCAUGAAUGGGCAAGGCACGGCAAAAUCUUUGCAGAAGGUGGCUCAGAAACCUUCAAACCGACAAAACUCGGCAGAGGCAGCAAUCUUGGAACUAGAAGAUCUUCCUUCGGAUGCGUUCUCAUCUCCAGAACCGCCCCAGUCAAGACCACCAGCGUUAGCAGCAGCCUCGUCAGGACCAGCUGCUCGGACAGAAUUCAACCGAACGAGCUCCGGAAAUUGGCGUCAGACAACCCUUUUCGGUGGCUCCCUACCAAGUGAUGGCCCGCGGCCCUCGCAGCCCGCCUCUGCAAAGGCAUUUCGUGUCGACCUUCCUUGGGAGGACCCUACCCACCAUGAAGUUGACCAUGAGGCAAUGAAGACUUGGGUCUAUCCUACAAACCUGGGUGCUAUUCGAGAUUACCAAUUUAGCAUUGUCAAGAAUAGUUUAUUCAACAACACUCUAGUGGCAUUGCCAACUGGUCUUGGAAAGACGUUUAUUGCGGCAACUGUCAUGCUUAAUUUCUAUCGGUGGACCAAGAAGGCGAAGCUCAUCUUCGUCGCCCCAACUAAGCCUUUAGUGGCGCAACAGGUCGAAGCUUGCUACAGUAUUGCUGGCAUUCCUCGGUCAGAAACGACAUUAUUGACAGGCGACAUCCCUCCAGCCCUGCGUGUCGACGAGUGGGAGGCUCGCCGAGUCUUCUUCAUGACCCCACAGACCCUAUUGAACGACAUCUCCCACGGCUAUGCAGAUCCAAAGUCCAUAGCUUUACUGGUCAUUGACGAGGCACAUCGUGCAGUAGGCGAGUAUGCAUACGCAAAGGUCACAAAGCUUAUCAGGCGAUUUUCCAAGAGCUUCCGAGUACUAGCAUUGACCGCUACACCUGGUUCGAAGAUCGAAACGGUGCAAGAAGUUAUCGACAAUCUGGGCAUCUCGCAUUGCGAGAUACGUACCGAAGACUCGAUCGACAUUCGGCAAUAUGUGUACCAACGAAACCUCGAGCAGGUGGUUCUCAAUCCAUCUGAUGAGAUGGUCUUGGUCAGUGAGCUCUUCACCAAGGCCUUGAAGCCAAUGACCGAUAAACUGAGCUCGCAAAAUAUUUGGUUUGGGCGAAGUCCAAUGGCCAUGACCUCUUUCGGGCUGAUGCAGUCUCAAAAGGAAUGGUUCGCAACUCGAGGCAAGCAUGCUAACCAAGGCGUGCAACAUAUGAUGCGAGCAGUUUUCAGUGUUCUUACCAGCAUUGCACACUCAAUAAAACUGCUGAAUUUCCACGGCAUCAAACCUUUCUACGACAACUUGGUCGACUUGCGUAGUGAACAGGAAGGCAAAGGAGAAAAAGGUUCCAAGUACAAGCGCCAACUCAUUCAAGAUUCUUCUUUUCAGGAAAUGAUGGAUAAAAUUUCCAAAUGGCUUCGUACGGAUGGUUUCGUGGGUCACCCCAAACUCACGGCCUUGGCAGAUACUGUAUUGAAUCAUUUCAUGGAUAAAGGCGAGAACUCGGCAACGCGGGUAAUCGUAUUCAGUGAAUAUCGAGAUUCUGCUGAGAAUAUUGUGCGCAUGCUGAACGGCCAUCGGCCUCUUAUCAAAGCCAGUGUCUUUGUUGGCCAAGCUGACGGCAAGCGGGGAGAGGGCAUGAAACAAGCACAGCAGAUUGAAGCACUUGAGAGGUUCAAGAGGGGCGAAUUCAAUGUACUUGUUGCAACCUCGAUCGGUGAAGAGGGACUGGACAUUGGUCAAGUGGAUCUUAUUGUGUGUUACGAUUCUUCAGCGUCCCCAAUCCGAAUGUUACAACGGAUGGGAAGAACCGGCCGAAAAAGGGAUGGAAAUAUCGUAUUACUACUAAUGCGUGGCAAGGAAGAGGAUCAGUUUGCCAAAUCCAAGGACAACUAUGAGAAGAUGCAAACGUUGAUCUGCGAAGGGAGUCGGUUCAAUUUCCGAUUCGACCUCUCAACAAGGAUUGUUCCUAGGGAGUUCCGACCAGAGGUGGACAAGCGGCACGUUGAAAUCCCUCUCGAAAAUACACAGGAUCCAUCAUUACCUGAGCCCAAGAAGCGCCGAGUACCAGCAGGGAAAAAGAAACCCCCGAAGAAGUUCCACAUGCCUGACGGGGUUGAGACAGGCUUCCAGAGUGUGGCAAGCAUGUUGAAAGUUGGCGGUAAAGGAAAACAAGCAAAGUCUAAACGAAACCCGGAGUAUGAUGACCUUGCCACAGUGCCUGAGCUCAGCAAGGUAUUUCUUGGCGAUGAAGAGCUUAAGGAGCUCAACCGGGCAUACCGCGACCUUCCGUUCAACCAUAGCAUCGUUGAGGAGACGGACAUGCCUGAUAUGACAGCACAUCCAGAGCUGCAAAGGCAGUUGAGACCAGUGUUCAAACUCAAGCAUGGGACACGCACCAAACGCUUCGUCAAGAUGUGGAAUAAGAUGGCUUAUGAUCAGGAAAGCUUGAUUUUGCCAUGUCGAUCCCAAGACACGAGCAAUUAUCUAGAGAUACCAGUACACGCGUUUGCUGGGUCCGAGCCUGAGUCAGGGGAAGACACGCCAACGACACGAGCCAGACCGGUGAAAACAACAGCGUCAAGCAAAAAGAAACAGAACAAAAUAGCGCCAUCGCGAGCACAGCCUCAAGCGAAGAGAAGGAGAUUGUCACCCGAUGCAGGGCCGCAAACGUUUGCUCUCGGCUCUAUGGUAGAGGAAGGCUUCUCUGAUGAAGAAGACGAGGAUGCAGAGGAGGAAGUUACACCUAGGGCUCGUGGGCGAACAAAAGCAGGCAGCAAGCCAAAAGCCAAGGGUAAACGCAAGGCUCAACGGAAGACCGGUGGACUUAACAGCGACGAAAUUGGCGAUGACUGCGACCGCGAAAGUGACCUUAUGGAGACAGAUGGAUCUGACAACGGCGAAGACCUAUUGGAUUUUAUCGUUUCUGAUAAUCACCUUGCAUCGAGCAACCGAGAACAUAGGUCUUUGACAGCUACCUCUCCACCUGUAUCAUCCUCGUCGACUGCAGGAGGCGUAGAGGAUGAGGCUAUGGAGCCUUUUUUCGUACGCACACAGUUCUCAGGAACGCAGGAAAGCGAGGACAUUCCCGACCUCGACGAUAUCUUAAAGAAGACCGGCAAGAGGCCUGAGCCGGAGCUUUCAGACGAUGAUGUGGCAGUAAGACGAACAGCACGUAGCCGACGUGCUGUUGUGGACGAUAGUGAGAGCGAUAUGUAA